GGUGGAGAGGAGUUUGCAGGACAAGUUGGCUUAGUGUCUGUGAUUGGAGGAAUGGUGGGCUCUGUUAUCUUUGGAAUAAUACUAGACAAGACACACAAGUUCAAGGAAACUACAGUUGCUGUAUAUGGAUUUUCAGCAUUGGGCAUGUUGGCUUUUACCUUCACUUUAGGACUUGGAUCUAAAAUUCUUGUUUACAUAACAUCAUCUUUUGUUGGCUAUGAUGAUCAGCUUGAAUACUUAACUGAAACUCAAGUUAGGAUGCAGGUUAAAUCAAAUCUUCUUAAAAGUAUGAAAGCAACACUGAAUUCAUAUGCAUUGCAACUACUGAUUCUUAAUGGCGACUUUUUGGACUUCCACUGCAAAAUAUAUAUUAAUGGUUUCAUGUUUUCACUUAGAUGUUUUUUGGGUGGCUGUAUGUCUGUUGGAUUCGAGCUGGGGUUUGAAAUUACAUAUCCUGAACCAGAGGGCACUACUGCAGGAAUAGUGAUUCUUGGGACACAGAUUCUGAGUGUGUUCCAUGCCAUGGCCUACAGCUGGAUGGUUCAUGUGACUGGUGACUUCUGGGCUAAUACUGUCCUGACCAUCACACUUCUUAUCGGAACUGGAUUGACUGCCAUGAUCCCUUCAGAUUUAUGCCGACAAAACGACAAAAUGCCUGACAGAUAACUACAGCAAAGCAGAUGUUUUACAUGCAUGAUAAGUCACUGUAGUACAGAAUGCAAAUAUGCUACGUGUCUGUCCGAUGACAGUAGCACGCAAGGAAAAUGUGCUACCUGUCUGGCAGAUAAAUGUAAAAAAGAAUAAAAUGUGUUAUAUGUCUGAUGGAUCAGGGUACACAGGAACUAAGUAUAUUACAUAUCUGACAUACUACUGUACCAAAGAAGCGAUUCUGUUGUAGCAACGAACCAAAUGCACUGCGUGCUUGACACAUCAUAUGUAUAACAUGUUUAACAGAUCACUUAAAUGACACAAGCCAAAUAUGCUGCAUGGUCAAAACAUAACUGUAACACACAAGCCAAAUGUUCUACAAGCCUGACAGAUUCAUGUAAACUUUGUUGUGUCUGGUACAGAAAAUAAGGUUACAAAUUGAUGAUACCAUAUCUACAUCUGCCAUAUUUCAUUUCCACAGUUACAGAAAAGAUUUCAAUUACAUUUGAUUUUGAUGGUCUAUACUGAAAUGUGGGGACUGCAACUGUGCUCAGUCUAGAAACUGCUGGUGUAAUGUAACAGUGAAAAUGAACAUUCAGGCAUUUUUGUGUCUUGUUGAUGUUACUGUAAAGCUAUUGUAUUUUUUGUUGAAUACUUUCAUUACUCAUUCAUUCAUUUUUAUUCUAUCCUGCAGAUCAGUGUACAUUGAUAUAGGACAUGUCCAUGUUUAUUAUUAUCGAAAUACAUUAAUGAUUAUGGUAUAAA